AGGGGUGGAGAAAGGGCGGGGCGACGAGCAAGUAGAGGCUAAGAGAAGAAGCGAGGAGAUGAGUAGGGGCGGGGCUAUAAGAGGCGGGACGUGGAACCGGUAGCUGUCCGGGGUAUGGAAAAGGGUGGAAAGGGAGAGUGGGACCAAAAGAUGUCGCGGUUCGGGGGAAAGGUGAGGACCGAGAAGACGCUGGCCGACAAGAUAGCGCCCGCGUGGAACGAGAAAAAGGGGCAGGGAGAGGAGAAGGCGCGGAGCGAGGGGAAGGCCAGUGGCGAGGAGAGAUCCCGAGGCAGAGAGAGGGUAUCUAAGGAGAAUGGGCGUGGUUCUACGAGGGGGCGGGGUGAGGGGCAGGCUCAAGAAGGACCGCUCUCCGAAGACCGGGGGAAAAGGCGAAUCAAUAAGGGGCGGGUCGAAGAACAGGGACAGCUACAGGAACGGGGGCGGGGCAAGGAAGGGAAGCCGACCCAGGAGCAAGCUCCAGGAGAGAAACAGGGGCGGGGACAGGGAAAGGGGCGGGGCGUGGAGAAAGUCUGGGCCCAGGAACCGGAGAAAGGAGAGGCUAGAUACAGGACCCGGUACCAGGGUAGGGCCCGGGUCAGGAGAAAGCGGAGAUGCGAAGAGAAGUGGGGGGACGGGGCAAGAGGUGGGGGCGGAGCCAGGUGCAGGUGCAAGUGCAAGUGCACGACCAGAGAGAGUAGCAGGACUGGGGAAAAUAGAUGCGGCACAGCCAAAGCCAGAAACAGAAACCGAGACCCGGUGAAGAGUAGGGGCGGGAUGCAGAGCAGAGGCGGAGCAGAGAACAAGUUCGAGUCACGUUGCACGCUGCCCCCCGCGAUGUACCCUGCUGGCCCUGCGUGGCCGAAACUCCGAGUCCUGCGGGCGCUGUGGGCACUACUGGCGGUGCUAUUGGCAUCGUGGAGGCUGUGGGCGAUCCAGGAUGUCCAGGAGUGCACCUGGCAGGUUGUCCUGAACAAGUUCGAGACGGUAGGCAAAAAUGGCAUGAGCGACCGCUUCUUCGAUCAAGAGCCCCUGGAGACAGUGGACAAUGUGUUCAGCCCGCUGGUGGAUGUACCCACCGACCAGGGCGAGAAAUACCUGAGCUUCCCAUACUACCUGAAGAUCAACUACUCCUGCAAUGGAGAGUGGUGGCACCACCAGACCUUGGGGACCCUAAGGAUUCAAGAGGAUUCCCAGUAUCCCACCAGGCACAUAUCCUCCGAGGCCCAGGUCCGCAAGGGCCACCUGACGGGGCUGAAGCCCGUGGUGCUGGUGACCUUCCAGUCCCCAGUCAACUUCCAUCAGUGGAAGAUAGAGCAGCUGCAGAUCCAGAUGGAGGCAGCCCCCUUCCGCAGCAAAGCAGAGCAGUGCACCGCAGAGGAGGUGUGUGUCAUGAGCUGGUACACGCCCAUGCCCAUCAAGAAUGGCAGCGUGGUCAUGCGUGUGGAUGUCAGCAGCAAUGGCCUGGGGCCCUUCAUUCCCAAUAAAAGAUUUCAGGUGAACAUCAACGGCUUCUUGCAGAGACAGCAAGACAACACACUCCAUUUCACUGUGGGAAAUGAGAUCUUCAAUCUGAUACCCCGGUACUUCAUGAAUGUCCCAUCGAGGGCCCUGUGGCACACUGUGGACCAGGCACCUGUGCUCAUCCUGGGUGGCAUUCCUGAUGAGAAGUCCGUCCUGCUGACAGACACCAGCUUCACCGACUUCUUUCUUGUGGAGUUGAACAUUGACAGUUGCUGGGUAGGCUCCUUCUACUGCCCUCAGGCCAGUUUUACUGCCACCAUCUAUGAUGCCAUUGCCACCGAGAGCACUCUCUUCAUUCGGCAGAACCAGCUUGUCUACUAUUUUACGGGCACCUAUCUCACCCUCCACGAGAGCAACCGCGGCAGUGGGAGCUGGGUUCGUGUCCUGGCCAAUGAGUGCAUCAAGAGGCUGUGCCCUGUGCAUUUCCAUAGCAAUGGCUCAGAGUACAUCAUGGCCCUCACGACUGGCAAGCGGGAAGGCUAUGUCCAUUUUGGGACCAUCACAGAUGGUCGUGUGUCCUUCAAGUUGCUGCCCAAGCAGCGGUCUGUGUGCGAAGGGAUACAAGUUGACAACUGCUCCAUAACCUGGGCCGUAUUCAUUGCUGGUGACUACAUAUUAAUGAUGCUGGUGGAGAUCCAAGACCCCACCACCAGGAAGUAUUUCCAGGUGGUCAGCUACGACUUGGUCAGUGAUAACCUGGUCAUCGUCUACACCAUCCCAGAAUUCAUCCCUGAUGCUCGAGGCCUGGAGUUUCUGAUGAUUCUAGGGACAGAGUCUUACACCAACUUCCCAAUGGUACCCAAGGGCAUGUUCUACAACCCGUAUAACAACCUGCUGUUCAUCUGGGGCAAUUUCCUCCUGCAGAGCUACAACAAUGAAAACUUCAUCUACUUGGUGGAUUUCCCCAAGGAGCAGUCCAUUAAGUACCUGGUCAACUCGUUCCACGGGGACAUGGCUAUUGUCACAGAGACUGAGGAGAUCUGGUACCUCCUGGAGGGCAGCUACCGGAUGUACAAACUGUUCCCAUCCAAAGCCUGGGAGGUGUACGUCAGCCUACAGGUGAUGCACCAGUCCUCUUUCUACACCCCCAGUGAGACCAUGGUCACCCUCUUCUACGAAGACCGCAAACUGUACCAGCUGGUGUACCUUAUGAACAACAAGCAGGGCCGGCUUGUCAAGAGGCUUGUGCCCGUGGAGCAGCUCCUGAUGUACCAGCAGCUCGGCAAUCACUACCUCUUGCAGCGGCGGGGGAACCACCUGACGCUCUCCUUCACCAACUUCUGCCCCUUCACCGUGAUGCGCCUGCGGGACCUGCCCAACCCGCAGAUCUACACGCGCCAGGAGCGCUACCAGGCGCACCCGCCGCGCGUGCUGGAGCCCUCGGGCUUCCACGACGAGAACUCGCUCGCCGUCUACCAGGGCCUCGUCUACUACCUGCUUUGUCUGCACUCCAAAUACCACAAGCCAUACGCGGACCCGGUGCACGACUCCACCUGGCGCUGGUGGAAGAACAAGAAACUGGACCAGGAUUACUACUUCUAUCUGGCUAGCAACUUGCAGAGCGCAAGUAACGUGUACAUUGACAUGGCCAGCUACGAGAAGAUCUACGACCUCAAGGCCAAGCACGAGCUGCCCGAGCGCAUCUUUCUGGACAAGGGCACCAGCUACCGCUUCUCGGUCUUCCUGACGGUCCGCGGGCACUCGUUCCAGUUCCGGCCGGAGCGCGUGCUCACCACCAUAGAGCUGAGCAGCAAAGUGGAACUCGGCGUGGUGCUGGCCGACCCGGGCUGCAUCGAGGCGGUGGUGAAGCAGAAGGUCCUCAUUAAUCGCAACUCGGUGCUUUUCUGGGUUACGCUCAAUGAUAAAAGGUCUUGCUUUGAUCAGGGCCUUAGUGGACAUCAUCUCAUGAAGACCUCCAUGUUGGUCAAGGUGGUGGGCGCGGUCGGGCACUGCUUCCAGAACACACACCAGGGGCCCCGCAUGCAAGGCAACUUGAUGGUGCCAGUGCUCAUCGGCUGCCCCCCAGGCAAGCGGCUGGCCUUCGACAUCACCUACACACUAGAGUACAACCGCCUGCAAAACAAACACUACUUCGACUGUGUGCACAUUGACCCCGAGAUGCCCUGCUUCCUCUUCCGUGAUAUCUUCUACCCUUUCUUCUUGAUCCAAGACUUGGUGACGGGAGAUUCAGGCAGUUUUCAGGGCAGCCAGUGCACAUGCACCUCUGCACCCGGCAGCUACGUGCUCAAGGUGGUAGGCGGUGGGCCCACAAUGGACACCAUCAAGGAAUACAGCGAAGAGGAGAUUUACCGCUUCAACAGCCCCUUGGACAAGACUAACAGCCUCAUCUGGACCACCAAGAACACAACGACCACCAAGGACUCGGCCUUCAACAUCAUGACCCAUCAGAGUUUGGGCAUCGAGUGGCUGUGUCUGGAGAACUCCCCAUGCCAUGACACCAUUCCCCAUACCAUCUUCGCCCCCGAAUUCUUCUUCAAGGUGUUGGUGAGCAACAGAGGUGUGGACAAGAGCACAUACUGUGACCACCAGCUCAUCUUCCUGUUGCAUAUCCAUGGGCUCCCACUCAGUGCCAAGCGGGCCCUCUUAAUCCUCAUGGUGUCAUCCAGUGUGUUUAUCGGUCUGGUGAUCCUCUACAUCAUCUUCUGCCUCCUGUUGCCUGUUAUGGUGAAGGCCUGCAACAUCCUCCGCUGGAAGAUCAACAACAUCCUCACAUCAGAAUCCUACUACACCUACACGUCCUCUUCUAGAGUCUUUAGCGGGACGUCUGGGACCAAAUCCAGGGGCAGCUCCAGCGUCAGCUCCAGUGUCAGUUCCAAAGUGGCAGAGGGGAACCAGGAGGCCCCUGAGGAAACCUCGAAGAAGCAGUCUAUUACCUGAGCCUCUUGCCUGCCCCAACUCCCACCAGCGUGCCCCCUCACUUCCUGGGCCAUCUUGGAAAAGCAAUUAUCACUCUUGUCCCAGGCUUUUUUGUUUUGUUUUGUUUUGCUUCAAUAUUCACUGCUCCUUCAGACCUAAAUCCUUAUUUCGGGACCAGCUGUGGGCCCUUGUAAGGGCUCACGUUCAGUUAGUUUGUACCACACAGCCAUACAGGUUAUUAAAGUCAAAAUCCUUCUGUGCUAACUGGUAAAUAGCAGCUUCUCUGGGUGCCUAACAACUCCGCCCCUCCCCAGGCUGCCCCCAACCUCCCCUCAGUUCAGCAAGGUCUUCCAUGACCCAGGCCCGUCUCUGUGGCCUGCAGUACAUUCUGAUUGUUCAGUGCCCAGGUUUAGUACCAAUCAUUAAAUAUUUUGAAUUUCAAUACCUAUCUAGUGUCUAGCUUAAGGAGGGGACUCUGGAGAGGUUAGGAUUUUUGUUUUAGUUGCAAGUAACAAAAAUUUCACUUAAAUGGCCUACAUAGAAAUGGUAAUUUAUGGGCUUUAAUUGGGCUUCAGGUACAGUUUGAUCCAGAAGUCUUCAAUGUCUAUAGGGGUCUGGCUCCAUUUCUCUGUAGCUUUUCCUGACCUGACCUCCUCUGAGUGUGGUCUCUAACCUCAGGCCAGCCCCCUUCACAGUCUGAGGUCCACAUAUCUUAUUGUCCAGAGAAAGAAGGGGCUAGAGUCGAACAUUCCCAAGCAAGUCCUAGCGGUGACUCUGAUUGGAUGGGGAUGGGUCCUGAGCUCACCAUUUUACUACUCACAAUGCCAGAGGUUUAAGCGAGUUGAGCCCACCCCUGGAGCUGAGGAAAGGAAAAUGUGCUGUCAAGAAGGGAAAAAUCUGAAAGGCAAAAACAAAACAAAAUACCCACCCACCCCCAACACACAAACACACCUUGUACUCUACCCACUCUCCACCUAAUAAGCUCAACACCAGUCCCUCACCAGAGAUCUUGGGUGAAGUGACUAUGGAGGUUCUGUGACCACUCUCUUCUACUCCCCUACUCUGGGAGUAGAGGCCCAGGGGACACAUACUCUGAGGGGACAUCAGGGUAGACAGUUGGACCAGCUUGUCCAUGAUGAGAUAGCAUAGCUCCAGAGCAGGCAAGGAUGGGCGCUGAGGUCAUGUUUUGGAGCUUGGAAAUUAUCAGAAGAAUACUCAGAGCUGAGAGGCCAAAGGACAUGGUUAGAUGUAGAAAGGUGCUCCUGAGGAGGACAGCUCAGGACUGGAGGCAGAGAUCCCAGGGAGGCAGUAGGCCAGAGAUCUGGACAGAAGAGAAUGGGGCUAGACCAAAGCCUGCUGUAGGGAGGGGAGGAGGCAGCAGGUGGGAGAGAUGCUCAGGAGGCCUAGUGAACAGACCAUGGGGCUGGAGGGCCAUGAGGGGAAUGGGAGCAAAGGAGGCAUUUAGGAAAAGGUCCAGGGCUGGGGCACCUGGGUGGGUCAGUUGGUUGAGCAUCCAACUCUUGAUCUCAGCCCAGGUCUUGAUCUCAUGGUCAUGAGUUUGAACCCUGCAUUGGGCUCCAUGCUGGGCAUGGAGCCUACUUAGAAAAGAAAAUGUCCAGGGCUCUGCCGUGAAGACUGAGGGACAAAGAGGCUGUCCCUAAGAUGACCAGGAAGAAGGAGAAGGUUUUGGGGACAGACUGAGGCCUUUGGGGUCAUGGCAGGUGUGGGAAAUCUGAGAGACUUCUGGAGAAGGCCAUCCAAGAGGCUGCAGGAAUGUCAGAUCUGGGCCUCAGGAGGGAGGUCAGGGACGGUCAAGCCAUAUGGCACAAUAAUCAGCAGUAAAGACUCAUCAACAAUAUUAACUGCACUGAUGCAAAUAAGGAAAAUGUGAUAAUAUCCUGUUUUGUCCUUAGUCCGUUCAGGCUGCCCCGAUCUAUCUCUUCUUUAUGGAAAUAAAAAUGAAUAUAAGAGCUUGUUAUGAACAACUGUACAGCAACAAAUGGAAUAACCUAGAUGAAAUGAAAAAUUUCUAAAAAAUAUAAAAACUACCAAAACUGACUCAAGAAGAAAUAGAAAGGGACACCUGGGUGGUUCAGUUGGUUAAACAUCU